CAAAAUGCUGUGCAACUGUGAGUGAAUCGCGAUUUCACCACGUUAUUUUAGUGAAUUUAUUUCAAUUCCAGCACAAUACAGUGUGCCAUGAAUUCCGCAACGAGUUCUUCAGGGAGCUCGUCAUCCGCCACCAACCCCGUGGCAAAUGUCCAAGAGUUUGUGAUCCGAGUGCCCAAGAACAUGAAGAAGAAGCACCAUGUGAUGCGAUUCAAUGCCACACUCAAUGUAGACUUCGCACAGUGGAAGAUGGUGAAGAUGGAGCGAGAGAACAACGCCAAGGACUUCCGUGGCAUCGAUGAGGAUUUGCCAAAGUUCGGAGCGGGCUCAGAAUACAAUCGGGAGCUGAAGGAGGAGGUGCGGCGCAAGAAGUUUGGCAUAAUUUCGAAGAAGUACAAGCCUGAGGCGCAGCCAUGGAUCCUCAAAGUGGACAAGUCCGGAAAGAAGUUUAAGGGCAUUCGAGAGGGAGGCGUUGGUGAGAAUGCUGCCUUCUACGUGUUCACACACGCCCCGGACAAGGCCAUUGAAGCAUAUCCGCUGCAUGAGUGGUACAAUUUCCAACCCAUUCAGCGGUACAAGGCUCUUUCAGCCGAGGAGGCUGAACAGGAGUUUGGAAGAAGGAAAAAGGUGAUGAAUUUCUUCUCGCUGAUGUUGCGAAAGAGACUGAAGGGGGACGACGAUGAAGGGGAAGAUCCCGAGGAGAAGAAAGCCAACAGGAAGAAGGGCAAGGAUCUCAAGAUCAGCGACAUGGACGAGUGGAUAGAUUCAUCUGACGAGAGUGAUUCUGAUUCCUCGGAGGAGAAGAAGGAGAAAGAAGAGGAUAGCGACAAGGAGAAGAAUGCCAAGAAGAAGGGCAAAAAGGAGGAACUGCAGAAGAAAAAGAAGAAGAAGAAAGACGUGGAUGAUGAGGCCUUCGAGGAGUCAGACGAUGGUGACGAAGAGGGAAGAGAAUUGGACUACAUUUCGGACUCUUCAGACAGUGAUUCUGACCAUGAGGGUAAGAUUGACAAGGACAUGAAGGGUGUAGCUGAGGAGGACGCGCUGAGAAAGCUGCUCACAUCAGAAGAGGAGUCUGAGAAUGAGGAGAAGAAGUCUGGUGAGGAGUCAGACAAGGAGGAGGAUGAGAAGAAGUCCAAGGAAAAGGGCGGAAAGGAUGGCAAAGAUGCCAGGAAGAAGAAGCUGAAGAAACGCUCCAAGGACGACAAGAAGGAGUCAAGUUCAGAGACGAGCAGCGAUAGCAGUGAUUCUGACGAUGAAGCAGCGAAGAAAUCCGCCAAGAAAAACAAGGAUAAGGAUCAAUCCAGCUCUUCCAAGGCCUCACGCAAUAGCGCCCAGGCAGAGUCGAACAAGAGGAAGGCCUCUUCGUUGCCUUCCGACUUGUCCACACCGGAAAACAGCUGCAGCAGUCCUGUGAAUACACCUGGAAAGAAGCCGAAGCUCGAUACUCCUUCCCUGCCGGCCACAUUUGCCGGUGUUGUGGCUUCCAACAAGGAGGAUUGUGGCAUCACCGAGGAGGAUGUGCGACGGUAUUUGAUGCGCAAGCCAAUGACGACCAUUGAGUUGCUGACCAAGUUCAAGAACAAGAAGACGGGCGUGUCCAGCGAUCGCUUAGUGGAGACCAUGACGCAGAUCCUGAAGAAGAUUAAUCCCGUGAAGCAGACCAUCCAGGGUAAGAUGUACCUCAGUAUAAAGGUCAACAAGUAGUUCUUGCGAGAAUCUUGUCUUGUGCGCGUAUUUUUCCAUAAAACACUACAAAUUUGUUGUGAUUUUUCUAAAACGGGCUGAAAUACACUAUAUAAACAAAUAA